AUGUCCUCCUCCAUUAAAAUUGAAUCUGUUGUGAAGGAGAAAAACAGGAUGGGAGAGUGCCCAGUCUGGGAAGAAAGGGAAAAUGCCCUCGUGUACGUAGACAUUAAUUCGCAGAAGGUUUGUCGCUGGAGCCCUGUCACCUGUGACGUGCAGAGCGUCUCCGUGGAUGCCCGUGUGGGCUCGGUGGCACUGCGCCAGAAUGGGGGCUACAUCAUCGCCCUGGGAACCAGGUUGGCCUUUCUGGACUGGGACACCCAGGCAGUCACCACUGUCCUUGAGCUCGAACAGGAUAAGCCCAACAACAGGUUCAACGAUGGGAAAGUGGAUCCAAAGGGGAGGUUUUUUGCUGGUACGAUGGCUGAGGAGACAGCGCCUGGGGUGCGAGCAAGGUGGCAAGGGGCUCUCUACACUCUUUACCCAGACUAUUCUGUAGUGAAACAGCUGGACCAGCUGGACAUCUCCAACGGUCUGGACUGGUCUCUGGACCACAGGACCUUCUUCCACAUUGACAGCCUGACGUAUGCCGUGCAUGCCUUCAGCUAUGAUGUGCACUCCGGCAAGAUCGCCUGCCCGAAGCUGGUGUACCGUUUAGAAGAGGAGGAGCGAAUGCCGGACGGGAUGUGCAUCGACACAGAAGGGAAGCUCUGGGUGGCCUGUAUUGACGGCAGCAGAGUGAUCCGCAUAGAUCCAGAGACAGGAAAAAGAAUCCAAACUGUGAUGCUCCCUGCUUCCAGGAUCACCUCUUGCUGCUUUGGCGGAAAAGACUAUUCAGAGAUGUAUGUGACUUCGGCAUAUGAUGGACUAGAUGAAGCAGCCUUAGCAAAGGAACCUCAGGCUGGAGAGAUUUUCAAGAUAACAGGCCUGGGUGUGAAAGGGAUUCCACAGAAUUUCUAUGCUGCUUGA